UGCUAGGUGACAAGAGGGAUUGAAAACGCAAAGAUCACAAUGAGUGCAUACGAAAAACUCCGGAAUAAAAACAUAGAAGAUAACAAACGUAUUUUAGCAGAGCUUGGACUUUCUAAUUUUCUUCCCAAGUCAUCAAAAGUUACAUUACAAAAAAAUAAGUUGCCAGGAAAAACAACAGUUGAAAAGCAAUUUAAGCCAAAACAGAAAAGAAAAUUAGAGAUUAGUGAUGAAGAACUUGGAUCAAUACGUAAAAGAAGACGAAGGUCUGCACGGAUUCAGGGCAAGGAGGCAGAUGCCAUUGCUUUGGAAGAUGAACAGUCUAGCAGUGAUGAAGAUGAAGUUAAACCAUCACCCAAGGUUUUUAGACCACACUCCUAUGGAGCUAUUGAGGGUGUAGAUGUUGGAACCACAUGGAUGAUGCGUAUUGAUUGUUCUAAAGAUGGCAUUCACAGACCUACAGUUGCUGGAAUCCAUGGAGGACCAGAAGGAGCCUACUCCAUUGCCCUGUCUGGUGGUUAUGAUGACAAUAUUGACCUUGGAGAAGGAUUUACUUACACUGGAGAAGGGGGAAGAGAUCUGAAAGGAACAAAGGCCAAUCCAAAGAAUUUAAGAACAGCUCCACAAUCAAAAGACCAAACCUUGACCAGGGGAAAUUUGGCUCUCAGCAGAAAUGUGGAAACCAAGCAACCAGUGAGAGUGAUUCGGGGAUAUAAACUGACCAGUCCCUUUGCUCCAGAAGAGGGGUACAGAUAUGAUGGACUCUAUUCUGUUGAAAAAUGCUGGUUCACCACUGGCUUGUCAGGAUUUGGAGUGUGGAAAUUUGCAUUAAAGCGUUGUCCAAACCAGGCACCCCCACCAUGGACAGUUAGUGAGUCAAAACUGGGUGGUGAUUCAACAGAUGAAGAAAAAUCAACAGAGUCUGAUGAAAAUCAAAUAGAAGGAAAUGGAACCAGAGACCAUACAGAGAGCAAGGAAUUGGACAAAAUUCCUGAUUCUCUGAAAGAAACAGCAUGUAGUUCCACAGAUGAACAAGACACAACAGCUGUAGUUAAGACAACCAAUGGCAGCUGUGAAGAAGAGGAAGAGAAGAAAUCUACUGAUAACAUAAAUGGCAGUCCUAAGAAACAAUCAAAUGUCGAAGGUGUAGAGGACAAAAAUGCUUCAGAUGUCAUUGAUGACAAUGAAAAUGUGGAGGAUAGCACAUCUGACAAGAAUCCCAUUGCUAACGACAAGAAUCCUAUUGCAAACAAAGAGAAUGAAAGGAGGGACAUUGGCAAACCAGAUGACAUUGGCAAACCAGAUGACAAUCAGAAAAUAAUCAAGCAUGAGAUGAAUGGUAAUGCUCUGAAAUGCGGUACACUAACAGAAAACGAUUCAAAGACAUUGCUAGGAAACUGCACGAAAGGAGGGGCUACAGGAGCCACACUGAAUAAUCUGACAAUGGAAGACAAUCCAGAGAGAUGAACUUAUCCAAGUAAUGAUUUCAGUCCGAGUGUUUGCUGAGGAAGGACAUUGGUCAUAGAUAUAUGAAGAGUUGUUUAUCUUCCAAGUUCAAAGAACUAGCUUUCUUUACUUAAAAGAAUACAUACAUGUAUAUAUCAUUUUUAUUUUUGUACAUUAAAAACUUGAUAUAUUACAGAAUGCUUCAAUAUUAAACUUAGAUUUUUAUUCAAA